AUGGGUAGUAGGAAUGAGUGCCAGCAAUCUCACGGUGUAGGCACUCUUGGGAAGGUGUUUGUGGGGGAUGAGAAACAUGGAUCAAGUUGCAUCUGCGGACUGCCCGUCAGGAUACUCCCUCUGCUGUGCUGCCUACUCUACAACGUGCAGAAUAAGGCUGAAUUAACAGCAAUGCUGGAGGUGACUGUGGAUGUGGCACGCAACCUGUAUUUUUUUCUCUUCCGGAUUUGGGCUGCUACUACUGCAGAGGUAAUUUGUGGGCUUAAGAGGUGGGUGGAUGUAAACCAAAAAAACACACUGGAUGCGCAUUGCUGGCUGCGGAUGCGACAUGACGACUGUUGGGCAUCAUUGGCUGAUGGUGCACCACUCAUGGGAGGCGAGCAGCACCGAAAAAGGAGAGAAAAGGUUGCUGGNGCAAUGCUGGAGGUGACUGUGGAUGUGGCACGCAACCUGUAUUUUUUUCUCUUCCGGAUUUGGGCUGCUACUACUGCAGAGGUAAUUUCUGGGUUGAAGAGGUUGAUGGAAGUCAACCUCAAAAAACACUGGAUGGCUAUUGCUCGCUGUGUGUCCGACAUGACGACUGUUGGGCAUCAUUGGCUGAUGGUGCACCACUCAUGGGAGGCGAGCAGCACCGAAAAAGGAGAGAAAAGGUUGCUGGGGAUGGUGGGUGACUCUUUGUUGUGCCUUAUGGUCUUUGAGGUGGUGCGAAGUGAUGCAGUAAAAAGAGAUAAUGAGCAGGUAUGUGAAGCACUUGUUUGGCAGGGGCAAUGCAUUGUUGUGAGUUGCUCUCGGUGUCUCCUGGUGUGCGGAGUCGCAGGGAUCCAAUGCUCAAUUUAUGGUUGCUUGGGGGGUUCUG